AUAUUUAUAUAUAUUAAGAAAUGUCAUCAAAUAAAAGGUCCCCAAACGGUUACAUUGUCUUUUACAAAUUUUAUAAAAAAAUGUUAGUAAAAGAUUAUCCGAAUUUAUCACCGCAAGAAAGAAUGGCGAAAGCUGGCGAGUUAUGGAGAUCCUUGCCCAACGAAUUGAAAAAUUCCUUCAUUGAAUAUGCAAAUGAUUAUAGAAUUUUGAAUUCAAUUCAACCAACAUCAUCAGUAAUUCCCGAACUUCCAUUGGAAAAAAAGAAAGAUUUGGGAUUAGUAAUGAUUUUUGACGAUCUGAGUUCUAAUUCAAAGAAGCAAAAGCUUUUAAAAAAAUCUAAAAUCUAAUUC